CACCAACAGGUCGUGGAUCAUCAGGAUCAGCGAAAGCCCAAAAAUGAAUCGUGAGGAUCCUAAGAGGGUUCAUGUUUUAAGCGCCCAACAGCGCGAGAUGCUUGUAGAGUUCGUCUGGAACUGCGAGUCUAGUCUUGACGGUGCUAUAGGAGCCUACAACUUGAACGCUGAUUUGGAUCAAGAACUCUUUGAGCAGACUACAGACGUCAAUCCUCAGGGGUACGGCAAUGCGCAGGGUGACGAUGAAGAACUAGUUGUAGAGGUAGACCAGACAGAAGGCAACCGCCAAGACGAACAGGCUCGACCAGCUGUAAGGCUAAGCGGGAAGUUGCUGCCCACGCCACUCCAUGCCCCGCUGAGUCCAACAGAGACGAGCAAAGGUGGAGCGAAACUUUCUUCGGACGUCUACGUGAUUGAGGGCCAUUUGGAAUCAGGUGUAGCUAUUCCGUUGGACGGCGAGUUCAACCCGAAGCCGAAACGAGGAGUGCCCAUGAUGUUGUUUACACCAGGCAUAAGGGACGACAACAACUAUGGGAGUAUGACUAGUAAAGCCGGCAUGAUGUUGUUUACCCCAUCAAAAAGUAACCGUACUUCUAGCUUCAACAGCCUAACGGCAAAAACUUCGUCGGUGGGUAAACCGAAACAUGGUGCUGACAACGGCAACGAAUCCUUGUCUAGCACACAGAAUCAACACGAUGGGUCCCUGCGGGACCCACGAGGAGCAUUGUGGAGCUUAGAGCAGCCAAAUGCUAGCUUUCGUGUCGGCAUUGAUCUCUUUGGUGUCGCCCAUUCGCUUCGGGAGAGCUUCGCAUCCCUAGGUCACGGCGCCAGGUGUUUCCAUGCCGAAUUUCCGCCAACAGAACCACUCGGAGCAGGAGCACCACCUCACAGUGCUUCUACUUCCUUAG